CGGGACGACGAGAAGGCCCAAUACCAGGAGCAGGGCCGGCACCUCAUUCCCUGGAUGGGAGACCCCAAGAUCAUGAUCGAUAGGUAUGAUGGACGUGGUCACCUCCAUGACCUCUCUGAAUAUGACGCUGAAUAUUCCACGUGGAACAGAGAUUAUCAAUUGUCUGAAGAGGAGGCUAGAAUAGAUGCCCUCUGUGAUGAAGAGAGGUAUUUAGCCUUGCAUACGGACUUGCUUGAGGAGGAGGCGAGGCAAGAGGAAGAAUAUAAGAGACUGAGUGAAGCUUUAGCAGAAGAUGGUACCUAUAAUGCCGUGGGAUUCACUUAUGGCAGUGAUUAUUAUGAUCCUUCACAACCCACGGAGGAGGAGGAGCAGCAGGCCUCCAGAGAAAGAGAAGCAGCUCAGGCAGAAAAUGUCGAAGAAAAUGAAGAACCUUUCAUUGCUCCCUUGGGACUGAGUGUACCUCCUGAUGUAGAACUGCCACCAACUGCAAAAAUGCAUGCAAUUAUAGAGCGUACUGCAAAUUUUGUGUGCAAGCAGGGAGUUCAGUUUGAGAUUAUGCUGAAAGCCAAGCAAGCUCGCAAUUCUCAGUUUGACUUCUUGCGAUUCGAUCACUACCUCAACCCCUAUUACAAACUCAUUCAGAAGGCUAUGAAGGAGGGACGAUAUGCUGCUCCUUCAGAAAACAAAAUGGAAGAAAAAAAGAAUUCAAAAGUUAAUUCUGAUGAAGAGGAGGAUGACGAUGAUGAAGAUGGCAACUACCUGCAUCCGAGUCUCUUUGCCUCAAAAAAGUGCAAUAGACUUGAAGAGCUUAUGAAGCCUUUAAAAGUGGUGGAUCCUGAUCAUCCACUUGCAGCACUUGUCCGCAAAGCUCAGUCUGACAAUAACUCAUCUACCCCACAAUCAGCAGAUAGUGCAGCCAUACAGACAUCACAGGCGGACUAUCCUGCAGAUUCAACAAUGGCAGCCAUGUAUUACAGUUACUAUAUGCUACCCGAUGGAACCUAUUGCCUGGCACCUCCACCCCCAGGAAUAGAUGUUGCCACCUAUUACAGUGCACUGCCUGCAGGGAUGACUGUAUCAAGCACUACGGGAGUAACAUCAGUAACCUCAGUACCUCCACCUCCUGGUACUACACCUCCACCUCCCCCAGAUACAACUGAUUCCAAUAGUGGGUUGAAAUCUACUACACCUGCUCCAAGCACAAUUGCUCCAGUGGUUGCCAUUAUCCCACCACCUCCAGAUAUCCAACCUGUUAUUGACAAGCUGGCUGAAUAUGUUGCUAGGAAUGGAAUUAAGUUUGAAACCAGUGUUCGUGCCAAGAAUGAUCUGAGGUUUGAGUUCCUGCAACCAUGGCACCAAUAUAAUCCCUACUAUGAAUUUAAAAAACAAUUCUUCCUUCAAAAAGAGAGCAGUGACAGCUCUCAGGGUGUAUCUUUAUCAGAAGAUGUUCCAGCAGAUACUGCUUCUGACACACAGGGUGAAACUCAGUUUCUGGAUGAUCACACUUCUGAAGAUGCAUCUGAGAUGGGUGCUCCAGGAAUUAGAAAGGAUUCACCUGUCAAUAAAACUAUCAGCGAUGGUAAAUUGGUGAAAGCAUCAUUUGCUCCAAUAAGCUUUGCAAUCAAGGCCAAAGAAAAUGACCUCCUUCCCUUGGAGAAAAACCGUGUUAAGCUAGAUGAUGACAGUGAUGAGGAGGAGGAAGAGGGCAAGGAAGGCCAAGAGAAUGCUAGCAGCUCUUCAAAUAUUAAUCCAACACUCGCUGCUCCCUGUACUGCUGCCGAAGAGAAAAAACCUCAGCUUACCCAAGAGGAGUUGGAAGCCAAACAAGCAAAGCAAAAACUAGAGGACAGACUGGCAGCUGCCGCAAGAGAGAAGCUAGCACAGGCCUCCAAGGAAUCAAAAGAAAAGCAGCUUCAAGCGGAACGCAAACGGAAAGCUGCACUGUUCUUGCAGACCCUGAAGAAUCCCCUGGCAGAAGCAGAAGUUGAGAAAAUUGAGGAGAAUUCCUUUAAUAUGGAGGCUGUCAGUAACAUGCCAUAUCCUUUGUUGACUGGAGUCAGAACUUUACCCACCGUAGAAGUUAAAUCAUCAGAAAGGCCUUCAAGCCAAAGCAAAGAUCCUCCCAGAGAUGAAGAAAAGGAAAAGAAAAAAAAGAAACACAAGAAAAGAUCUCGGACAAGAUCUCGGUCACCUUCCAAAUAUCAUUCAUCAUCUAAGUCCAGGUCUAGAUCACAUUCAAAAGCAAAGCAUUCACUUCCCACUGCCUAUAGAACUGUCAGGCACUCAAGACUCACAGCAUCCACAGGGACACUGAGCAUGGAGCCGAGUCUGAGCAACUCAUCAAUGGCAGCAGCAACAGAGCGAGAAAAUUAUCAGGCAGCUUCGACAACGAAAAGAUUUGACUGCUGGAGCUCUUUAGAGGGAAAUCCUGGUAAAACGUCAAGGUCGCGAUCGAGAUCUCCUCGGAGAAGGGUCCACUCACCUGAAAGGCGAAGAGAGGAAAGGGCUGUCCCAACGGCUUAUCGCAUUAGUAACAGUCCUGGAAUGAGUAGGAAACGCACACGUUCCAGAAGCCCCCAUGAAAAGAAGAAGAAACGACGGUCUAGAUCAUGUACCAAGUCCAAAGCUAGGUCUCAUUCACCAUCCAUGUCACCUGGCAAACAGUCCACACAUAAGAACUCUGUACAUUCAACUAGUGUGUCUCCUGUGGAGAGUAGGGAAUCCAGCCAAGAACGCUCCAGGGGCGUUUCUCAGGAAACAGAUGGCCAGAUCUCUUCAGCAAUCGUGUCUUCAGUGCAAAGUAAAAUAACUCAGGAUCUUAUGGCCAAAGUGAGAGCGAUGCUUGCAGCUUCCAAAAACAUACAAACUAGUGCCUCCUGAGAUUUGUUGAAGUGACCAUCAAGAAAACGGUGUGAAGAGGAACACUUUAAAAAACUGCCUCAUCUCAAAUGUACAGCCGGCAAAUUUUGCUCAUUUUGGUUCAGUUCUCUUUUGUCUAAAAUUAUCAAAACCUGAAGAACUGAAAACCUUAUCUGUACAGAACUGUCCCCUUGGAACUUCAAUGACUUUUUGCACCCAGAAUCUCUCUUGACAGCUUUUGGUUUUUGUAAAUUGAUUUUUUUGACUAAUUCUUCAGUAAGAUUUUAUGAUCAGCAGUCUGUCUGUAUAUAUGUAAAUAUCAUGUUUCUGUGAUAAAGUAUUACUCAAUAAAAGAGGAGAGAAACACCUUUUAUUAGCU